AUGACGGUCGUCACUCCACCAGCUCUCAUCCUUGUCACCGGUAGUACCGGAUUUAUCGGAGCUGCCAUUAUCGAAAACCUCCUUGCCAAAGGGUUCUCUGUUCGCGCAGUGGCCAGAUCAGAGGAAAAAAGCCUUCGCCUUUCCGCGACAUUCGCCUCUGCCGUCAAGGAAAAGCGCUUGACCUUUGUUGUUAUCCCAGAUCUCGCGCACCCUGCUGCAUUUGCUGAGGCCAUUGAAGGCGUCGAGGGUAUCAUCCAUUGCGCAGCUCCAUCGCCUACGAACAACACAGGAGUACAUCCAGAUGUUAUUAUCACUCCCACCGUUGGGUCAACGAUCGAGAUUCUCGAAGCUGCGUCCAAGAGUAGCACCGUUAAGCGCGUGAUCACCACUAGUUCCUAUGUGACGCUCUGGGAGCCACGAGAGGGAAAGUACAUGCAGACCGAGAAAGACUGGUUUGACACUGCUCCAAAACUUGUACAAGAGCAAGGUGUCAAGGCCACAGGCGGGCUCAUCUAUAUUGCGGCCAAGGUCGUGUCCGAGCGUGCUGCAUGGAAAUGGGUCGAGGAAAAUAAACCCGCUUUCGACUAUACCGCCAUCCUCCCGUCACGCGUAUGGGGAAAGGACAUCCUAGGCAACCCAGACUCUAUACGUGAAGGGACAGCACACUUUGAGAUACUGAACAAGAUUUCUAGCGGUCUAUCCGGACAGCUCAAUGAAUCAGACUAUUUGACAGCUGUCGAGAUCACCGACGUUCGCGAUAUUGCAGAGGGACAUGUGCGCGCUCUCACUACCCCCGAGGCAGGAGGGGAACGCAUCGUUCUCAAAGGUGCCACAGUCACGUGGCAAGAAGUCUUCGACAUCAUCAACCAGGCAAAGCUUGACGGUCUCGCUGCGCCCGUAGGCAAUCCUGGAAGCGGCAAAGGCAUUACUCCGGAUCAACAUGUCUCUGCAGAGAAAGCUGAAAGGAUUCUGAAGAUGGUUUAUCGGCCAAAGGAAGUGACGAUUCUCGAUUUCAUCACACAAGCGCGCGACUUCGGAUGGUCUCCAUAG